CUUUACUUCCUGCCCUUUGAAUCAACCGAGCUUCCUGCCUUCACUUGAUGCAUCUUCAGCAUCCUGAAGCACGUGAACAAUCCGACCUCGGUCCUCUCGCCUCGAGUCUCCCUGCCACAGAGGGCAUCGACAUCAUCUCCCCCUUCUUCAGCCUGUCGAAGCGUCUUUCCUGACGUUCGGACGACCUCGCAGGUCUUCCCAAGACAUAACACCGACUCAUCAUGGCGACCAUUCCAAAACCAGGCCCGGCCACGUUAAGGCCUGGCGCCAGUCUGGACGAAUGGCUGGAGGAAGCCAAGCAAUGUCACUAUCUGCCCGAGUCUGUCAUGAAGCAGCUCUGUGAGAUGGUCAAGGAGGUGCUCAUGGAGGAGUCGAACAUACAGCCCGUCGUGACGCCCGUCACGAUAUGUGGUGACAUCCAUGGCCAGUUCUACGAUCUGCUCGAGCUAUUUAGGGUCGCCGGCGGGAUGCCUGGUGAGACCAAUGUCCAGGCGCCCCAGACAGCCACGACCGUCAUAACGUCUGAUGACCUCGAACCCCCAACCGAGAUCACAAACCCCAAAUUAAAGAAGAAGAUAAAGAAUGCUGGGAUCCCUGGGGAUGCAGGAGGCGAUGCAGAGGAUGACGGCCCCAACACGUCCACCGAGAGCAUCGAGAAAACGGCAACCCCAGGCUCUCCUAGUGCUGCGACGGGCGAGUCGCAGUCGGCCGAUACUCGAUUCGUGUUUCUCGGAGACUUUGUCGACCGAGGAUAUUUCAGUCUGGAGACUUUUACACUGUUGAUGUGUCUCAAGGCAAAGUAUCCCGAUCGCAUAGUGCUCGUCCGAGGCAACCAUGAGUCCCGGCAGAUCACCCAAGUCUACGGCUUCUACGAGGAAUGCCAGACCAAGUACGGCAACGCAUCGGUCUGGAAGGCCUGCUGUCAAGUGUUUGACUUCCUCGUUCUCGCAGCCAUCGUCGAUGGAACGGUUUUGUGCGUGCAUGGUGGCCUCAGCCCCGAGAUCCGGACUAUCGAUCAGAUUCGGGUCGUCGCUCGGGCGCAGGAGAUUCCCCAUGAGGGUGCGUUCUGUGACUUGGUAUGGAGCGAUCCUGAGGAUAUCGACACCUGGGCAGUGAGUCCCCGCGGGGCGGGCUGGCUCUUUGGUGAUAAAGUCGCCACUGAGUUCAAUCAUGUCAACGGUCUAAAGACCAUUGCAAGAGCCCACCAGCUGGUCAAUGAGGGCUACAAGUUUCACUUCCCGGAGAAGUCUGUUGUGACGGUGUGGUCUGCUCCCAACUAUUGCUAUAGGUGUGGCAACGUGGCCUCGAUCAUGACAGUCGACAAGACCCUGGAGACCAAGUUCAGCAUCUUCUCAGCCGUCCCCGACGACCAGCGGCACGUCCCAGCAGGUCGCCGAGGACCAAGCGACUACUUCUUAUAGGCGUUGCGCGUAGUUUCUCACGACUCCAUUCCUCUCGGCUGCUGUAGAUACUAGAUGCAAGGGUUCCAUGACAUCGCGGAAGGCGUUUUUUUUUACGGAUACAGUGGUGUCUCAUAUCAAAGACACGUAUUGUAUAAUUAGGGUGGAAAGGUCCUACCAUGGCUGCUGCAUUUGAUACCCCCUCGUUUGGAAGAGGGCACCACG